AUGGAUUCUACCUAUCAAUCAGUGUUGCUUAAUAACACAUGGUCAAUUAUUGAUAACAAGUUUAACAUCACUGAUGUUGGUAAUGACUUGGCCGACUUGUCCAAGCACCUCUAUGAGAAUUUGUUGUUAAAGGCAUUUGUCCGUGAUACCGAAUCCAAUCGAUUCCUACUCUGUUGGUGGGAGGGUACCAAGGUUGCACAUCAACUACGUGCUCAAUUCCGUGACACAUUAUUAUCCACCAUAGUUGCAUUCUCAAAUACAAUUGAUAUUGGAGGUGCAUACCAGAUAUGCCACAAGUUCAAUGAUGAGGAGGAGUUUAAUGAACAGAUUGACAAGUCCACGUAUAAUGGAUUCCAAUUGUUUGAUCAAUUGCCAAUGUUACAACCAAAUGAAUGGUUUGUCUUUGGUUACAACAGUGAGAGAAUGCUACAGUCCAUCUCUGGACAAUCCGGCCAUGACCUCAUGAUGAUGUUCACUCCCAAUCAUUCAAACUCUAUACUCUACCGAAAGAGUGAAAAUGAGUACUUCUAUCUAUUAUGGGAGGGACACAAGACUAGACCAAUCGAGCGUGUCAAGUUUACUUCCAUGUCCGCAACAGUAUUCCUCAUGUUCAAGCAUCUUUAUGACAAGAUAAGAGUGAUCAAGUUGUAUGAGGGAUAUAAUCAUGAAUGGUUGGCUAGUGUGUUGGGACCAGAGUUCAGGGUUAGACCUGAUAUCCCCAAGCCAGAACCAGUUGUCCGUGUUCCAGAGCCAGUUGCUAUGCCAAUGCCAUUGACUAAGCCAACUCCAGCUCCAGUCUCAACCCCAGUGCCACUGCCAGUCCAUGUGGAGGAGCCAGUGCACAUUGAGCCAGUGAUCAAACAAUCAAUCCUUGGCGAUGACUUUGAGUUUGCCAAACAGAGAAGAUUCGAUUGGGCUCAUAGAUCAGUCCAGAACUCACCAGUAUCCAUGGUCUCAAGACGCAUCGGCAGUCUCUCAAUCCCAUCGUCACCAAUCGUGGACAAGGGCUACACAUUCACCAAGCCAGAGCCAGUCGUCGAGGUCAUCGCAGUGCCAGAGCCAGUCGUCGAGAUGAUCGCCCUGCCCGAGCCAGAGCCAGUGAUCUCCAAGGUACACGAUGUCAAGUACUGCAACUUCCACGAUAUUGAGCAUGCUCUCAGUGACUUUAACAAGGGCCACGUCAACUGGGUCAUGCUCGGCUUUAGCACCAAGGUCGCCGGCGCACUCACACUGGUAGGCAAGGGCACCAAGGGUCUGUCCGAGAUGAAGGAGCUGCUCCUCGACAACACGGUCCGCUUCAGCGUCUACCGCGUCAACUUUGACGACAAGCGCAGUGCAUUCAACCAGGACAUUGCCAUCGAUAGCAACCGCCAGAGGACCUGUCUGGUCGAGUGGCACGGCAAGCGCUCGAGCGCCAGCCAAAAGGCCAAGCGUGUGACCAUCAUCAAGCCCGUCUACAACAUGAUCUCCGAGAAGGUAUUGUUGCACGGAGAGUUCGAGGUUGAUGAGCACGAUGACAUCUCCGACAAGGCCGUCAUCCAAAAGGUCACCAGUUUCAGAAACGAUGUUCAAUACCAACACAUCAUCGAGCCAUCUGAGGCUUAA